AACAAAGCUGCACACCAUGAAGAGGCGGAGCCUUGCUUUGGCAGCAACCGCUGCUGUCAUCUUCUUCUUCUUCAUGACGGCAUUCCCAGCGUGCGCAGCCGUCGUCGAGCACACCUUCGUUGUGAGCCACAUGAAUAUGACGCACUUGUGCAAGGAAACACGGGUUAUGGUAGUGAAUGGGCAGCUCCCUGGGCCAGCAAUAGAGGUCACGGAGGGAGACUCGGUGGUCGUUCAUGUAGUCAACAAGUCACCCUACAACAUGACAAUCCAUUGGCAUGGAGUAAAGCAACAGCUCAACUGCUGGGCUGAUGGCGUGCCGAUGAUUACCCAGCGCCCCAUCCUUCCAAAUAAUAACUUCACCUACCGGUUCGAUGUUUCGGGGCAGGAAGGUACCCUGUGGUGGCAUGCUCAUGUUCCCUUAAUCCGUGCAACAGUGCAUGGCAUCUUGAUCAUCAGGCCAGGGCAUGGGGCCGUCUCCUAUCCAUUUCCUAAGCCUCAUAAGGAGAUCCCCAUAAUCAUAGGGGAGUGGUGGAGUGAAGACAUUGCACAGGUGGACACAACCGUCUCUUACAACAGUGCGUCCACAAUCAAUGGCAAGCUUGGAGAUCUCUACAACUGCUCUGGCGCCAUGGAACAGGGCUAUAUGAUGGAGGUGGAGCCCGGCGAGAUCUACCUCCUCCGAGUAAUCAACGCUGCGCUCCUCUCUGAAUACUACCUCAAGAUAGCUGGGCACAAGUUCACUGUGGUUGCUGCUGAUGCCAACUACGUCAGCCCUUAUACGACGGACAUCAUUGCAAUUGCUCCAGGCCAGACAUUCGACGCCCUUGUGGUUGCCGAUGCGUCUCCUGGCAGAUACUACAUGGUCGCCCUGCCCAACCAGCCUCCAAAGCCUGACUUUCAGAGCCCGGUCUUGCCCUCUAGAGGCAUACUGCAGUAUAGCAACGUAGCAGGAGGAAGUCAGUCCGGUGAUGUUCCAAUGUCACCGGAGAUGCCUGAUAACCACAACAAUAUGCUAUCAUUCUACUUCCAUGGCAACCUUACCAACUUGCACCACCCAAGACACCAGCCAGUGCCAGAGCGAAUCGAUGAACGCAUAUUCAUAACGCUUGGCCUUGGCUCUGUUUGUCGGAAUGGACGCCAGUCUUGCAAGAGAGGUGACAAUAGCUUGGAGAGCCUCAUUGUGGCAACAAUGAAUAGCAUGUCCUUCCUGCUCCCCAAUGUAUCGACAGCACUGCUAGAAGCCCGCUAUUACAACACCAGCAACAUGGACUGGCUCCAAGAACUCCCUGACGUGCCACCGCGGGUGUUCAAUUUCACUGACCAUUCCUUGAUCCCAGCAGGACCCAAGGAGGAAAAGCUAGAGCCGUCGUCCAGGGCUGCAUUGGCACGGCGAUUCCGUUAUGGAGCUGUUGUUGAGGUCGUGUUCCAGAGCACGGCAUUGAUGCAGAGCGACUCCAACCCGAUGCACCUGCACGGACAUAACAUGUUCGUGCUGGCACAGGGGCACGGCAACUAUGACAUGGCAAGGGAUCUGGCAAGGUACAACCUGGUUAAUCCCCCAGUUGUGAAUACUGUGCUCGUGCCACGGCUUGGAUGGGUGGCUGUCCGAUUUGUCGCUGACAAUCCAGGGAUAUGGUACAUGCAUUGCCACUAUGAGUUCCAUCUAACAAUGGGCAUGGUAGCAUUGUUCAUUGUCGAGGACGGACAAACAACGAACACAUCGCUCCCUUCACCGCCAGCGGACAUUCAGGCAUAUGGCAAUGCAAAUAAUCUCAUGCCAGACAAAUACUACCUUCAGAAUGAGGAAAGAUGACUCCGGUUAUUAUGAGCCUUCCAAUAAAAGAAACAAACUUUUGAGCUAUGCGAAGUAUUAUUGAGAAAAAAAAAAUUGAAAAUGUAGCUGACCCAUUGUUUCAUUAGGAUGUUUUCAGGAUGCGUCCGAACUUGCUAUAAUAUUUUUUUCCACGGUCUCUUUAAACUUUGAG